AUGUCUGCCAACCUCGACAAGUCUCUUGAUGAUCUCGUCGGCAGCCGUCGCCAGGCCGCUCGCAACACUGGUCGCCGCCGUGGCGGUGCCCGCCGCACUGCGACUAAGCCAUCCGCCGUUGGAGGCGUGAAGAAAUCCACCAAGGCUGCCCCCAAGCCUGCUCACCCAGCCUCUGUCGCUCAGACUGGCUCCAGCAAGAUUCUUGUCAGCGGAUUGCCUUCCGAUGUGUCCGAGGCCAAUGUCAAGGAAUACUUCAGCAAGUCUGCUGGCCCUGUCAAGCGGGUCAUGCUUACUUACAACCAGAAUGGUACUAGCCGUGGCAUCGCCUCCAUCCAGUUCAGCAGGGCAGACACUGCUGUCAAGGCCACCAAUGAGCUCAACGGACUCCUUGUCGAUGGUCGCCCAAUGAAGAUCGAAGUUGUCUAUGAUGCAUCUCACGUUCCUGCUAUUCCUGCCCCCAAGCCUCUCACUGAGCGCAUUGCUCAGAAGGCUCGGCCCAAGUCCGCCGCCGCCCCCAAGGCAAAGGAGACCAAGAAGACCGCCGCUACUGACAAGGGAGGCCGCCGCACCAAGGGUCCUGCUGGCGCUCGUAGCCGCGGUCGUGGAAAGCCCAAGACUGUUGAGGAGCUUGAUGCUGAGAUGGUCGACUACUUCUCCGCCGAUGCGCCCCCUGCUGAAGGCACUGCUCCCGUCAACAACACUGUCCCCCAGGCCAACGCUAACCAGGACAUCGGCAUGGCCGACGAGAUCUCCUAA